ACAUUGCUGUGAUAAGAAAAUCAGAAACCAUGUGAACCCUCCCAAAACCUUCUAUUUUAACAUGUGUUAAUAUUCACAUAUAAAAUGUAAACAACAAAGUAAUCCAACACAAAUUAUCUAAAACACUUUUUAACACGGAUUAUCAUAAACACUUUUCGAACAUAUCGCACAAUGCACAAAAAGCGAUACUUACCUAAAUGGAACAUACCGCCUCACAAAGACCUCUUCUUCUUCAGAGAAACGCCAAUCAAUGCAUGGAUCGACAUAGACCACAAAUUUAAAGCAUGUUUUAAAGAAGCGAAUAGAAAGUUGGAACAUGAAGUGGCACGGUACUUGCAGUCCAUCCGCCGACAGAAGCUAGAAAAGACACGAUUUAGGACCAAUGACCUCAAGAAGGAUAAGAAGCAGAAGCCUCAUCGGAUCCGUAAGCAGAUCGACCAGCGAUUUGUGGAACCGACGGUCCAAUCCAAGAGCUGCUACACCUUGGGAGUAACUACCUCCUUGUCGUCCGAGCGCUUAUGGCCUUACAGAACGAAACUGGGGGAUCCUGCCGAUCUAAAGCGAGAAGUCAAAGACGAGGCGAAGAAAUUUUCCGUAUCAGCUGUUGUGCAGACCAAAAGCAGAUCCUUCUUAGGAGGCCUCAAACAGUUCUUCGUCUGCAUACUCUCUUCCCAGUACUACGACACCUUAGGUCGUCCCACUUUGCUGAUGGUCUCGGUGAUAUUGCUGCUUCGAUAUUUUUCUUCGUUCAAAAGGCCAGUAGAGUACCUUGAUUCUGUGGGUUCAGAAAUGUAAUGUGUGGUCUGGUUAAUGUUUUGUAAUUAAAAUAGUUUUUAUUGUGGCUAAAGCUAAUUAUUACUUUAUUGUCUUUUAAGCCUAACCUAAUUGUUUAUGUUAUCUAUGAAUAAAAUGGAUCAAAGGCCUACUUUGGGGUAGAAAAAGAAACCUAAUUAAAACUAGUGUACUCCUGUGAGAAUUUUCACUAGUUAUAUCCGUGUAUACAAUAUAAUAUUAUUAUUGAUAAUUUACUCAACACAUC